UCUACAUUUACGCGCCGGAUGUGGACUUGCAGAGUGAGCCCCAGAAGUCGUGGACGCCGUUGGGCUUGAGGCCCGACUGCACUUUGGUCGGGAGCUCUGCAGCUUUGGGAGGCGGUCGUUGCCAUGACGGCCCAGGGGAGCCUGGUGGCCAACCGAGGCCGGCGCUUCAAGUGGGCGAUUGAGCUGAGCGGACCUGGAGGAGGCAGCAGGAGCCGAAGUGACCGGGGCGGUGGACAGGGAGACUCGCUGUACCCAGUUGGUUACUUGGACAAGCAAGUGCCUGAUACCAGCGUGCAAGAGACAGACCGGAUCCUAGUGGAGAAGCGCUGCUGGGACAUUGCCUUGGGUCCCCUGAAACAGAUUCCCAUGAACCUCUUCAUCAUGUACAUGGCAGGCAAUACUAUCUCCAUCUUCCCUACUAUGAUGGUGUGUAUGAUGGCUUGGCGACCCAUUCAGGCACUUAUGGCCAUUUCAGCCAAGGAUGGAGUUCAGUGGAGGAGGACUGCUUUUGUGAACCUGAGAAAGAAGCACGUGGUGCCUAUGUAUUUGGAUCUCAUUUACAGCCGACUUCAUGCCCAGUGGCUCCUCCUCAGCAUACUAACCCUUAACAUUAUCACUCACUGAAAAGGACCAAAAGGUCUCUUUUCUCCAUGGUGAAGAGACAAAUCCUAGAAAGACAAUGUACAUAUCACUACAAACACAAAAAAACUACCACAACUCUUGACUGAAAAUAAGGUAGAAAACUUUAUUUAUGUUUCCAGUAGAGAGCAAAACAACAAAUAAAACCAUAACUCUGUAAACAAAA